UUGUGAAAAAUAAUUUUCUGCUGAAGAUAAUAAUUUCAUAUGAGUUGUUUUUAAAAAAUAAUCAUAUUGUGGAUGUAUAAAUAAUAGUGUUGUAUGAUAUUGAUUUGAUUGAAUAUAAAUAUGAAUCUAAAUGGUCGGCAGUUUCGUGAAUACGCUGGUGGUAGCGUUGGUGGCAUUUUACGGAAAAAUAAUGCAAACGCAAAUCAAACAACUACCCCAGCGACUGCCUACACUGUUGGUGAAGCGCGGCAAGUGGACUUAUUGGUGUUUGGGUAUGCCUGUAAAAUAUUUCGUGAUGAUGAUAAGGCACGUGAAAUUGAUCAGGGCAAACACCUAAUACCAUGGAUGGGGGACAAUAGCCACAAAAUUGACAGAUACGAUGUACGUGGCGCGCUCUGCGAUUUAACGCCGCAUGAAGCACCUCCUGGGGGUUAUGGUAAUCGCCUUCACUACUUGAGUGCCGAUGAACAGCGCGCUGAACAAUUAUGCGAGGAAGAGCGUUACUUGUUUUUAUACACUAAUGAAGAGGAGCUUAAUUUGCAACAAGAAGAGGAUCUGAAACGACUGAAACAAGAAAGCGUUGGCGGUGGUUACAGUCAAGUCAAUUUUGAGUAUGGUAGUGAGACAGGCAGUGGUAGUAUUGGAGUCCAACAUGGCCCCAACCAUGAAGAUUACAGAAAUUCACCCACCUGUGAGGAUUCUGAACAAGCAUAUGUUAUGCCAAAAAAUUUUGAUGUGCCGGUAUCAAUAAAAUUGCCGGAUACAAUGAAACAGCAUGCAAUAAUUGAAAAAACAGCACGUUUCAUUGCCUCACAGGGGGUGCAAAUGGAAAUCUUACUUAAAGCCAAACAAUCCAAUAAUGUGCAAUUUGAGUUCUUAACACAAAAUAGUUUACUUAAUCCAUAUUAUAAGUUUGUUUUGGAUGCUAUUAAAAAUGGUACAUAUCCGGUAACAGAGGUGCCACAACAACCUUUAAAUGAGGUCAUAGCAAAUGUGGUCGAAGAGAGCAUAAAUUUACCAGAACCUACUAAACCUAUAGUUACUGUGCCGACAAUUAAAUAUAAGCCAUCUGCAAAUUGUGCAUACACCCAAUUGAUAAGUAAAAUUAAAGGUGUACCAUUACCAACAGUUAUUGAUGAAAACACCAACACUUCAGCUGGAGAUUCUCCAUCGACUGUUACUACUCCAAAUGGUGGAGACUUUACACCUGUUUUAUUACAAUACAAUGGAGCAACAUAUGUAACAGUUGAUGAAGAUAUUGUAGCAGUGAAUUCAAAUUCGAAUUCAAAUUCAAACUGUACUGUGAAUUCUCAGGAUACGUCUUCAAUAGUUCAAGUCUUGAAAAAUUCAAGUGCCUUAGCUUUAGCACAAGGAUAUUCAUCAGGUUCUGAAUCAGAUACAGAGCAACAGCCCGAAACGAAUGUAGAACCAAAACCUGAACCUGUAUUAAAUUUUCCCAUACCUACAGAAAAUCUACGUAGCAUGAUCGAUAAAACUGCUUUGUAUGUAAUAAAAAAUGGGCGAAAAUUUGAGGAAACUUUACGGACAAAAAGUGAAGAACGUUUUACGUUUCUAAUACCUGAAAAUGAAUUCUAUCCAUAUUAUCUAUAUAAGGUAACGAGUGAUCCUGAUGCUGCAUCAAAAGAACAAAAAACGCGUAGAGCUGCAGCGGUAGCUGCGGCUUUAUUAAGUAAAAAGGGAUUAAAUGUUGAUAAAACACUUAAUACACCGGUAUCAUUUUCAAUUAAAAGCAAUGAAUCAACGCAGCCAUUGCAACCAGUUCUACCACAGGAGAACAGUGAUGAUGACGAUAAUGAUGAAAAGAAGUCAACGCAGUCAAAUCAAAAUCGUACGGUACCGGAACAUGUACAAAAGGCAAUAAAAUUAGUGGAAAGUCAAUUAUUAGCUAGAAAUGCGCAAUUAGCAGGAACGACAGGUAAUCCAACUGUUCUACCUCGGACUACCCCAAGUCGUUUUGAUAUCGACUACCUGACAGUUACAAAUAAAAAUGCGACAGCGCAGGCUAAAAACACUAAAUUUGAAAAUGAACGAAAUGCGCUAUUUGAACAGCAACUACAAAGUCGCCAGAAAGAAUUAAAAAAAGCUGAAGAGAAAGUGAAAGACAAACUAGCACAAAUUGCACGUGAAAAAUUGGGUGGUCUUUUAACAAAAGAGAAACAAAUACAAUUAGAACGUAAACGCAAAGCAAUGGCAUUCUUAAAUCAAAUAAAAGACACUCCAUCUACUACUGUUGAUGAUAAAGCUACCACUGCAAGCAUUAACUCAAAAUCAGAUAAUGAUGAUUCUGAUGCUUCAGAAGCAUCAGUCCGCUCAAUACCCAUAACGUCUUAUGGGCCUGAUGAAAAAACUGACGAUGAAGAAGAAUUUUCAAAUACUCAUGUUGUCGGACCACAACUACAAACUGUUGCAUUAAAGCCGACAAUCAAAAAUCAUAUAAUUGAAAAACCAUUAAUUAAAACACCAACUGUAACAUUAUCUGAUGAUGAUGAUGACGAUGUACAAGUCGUAGGUGAAACAAGAGCGCUACCUAAACAUGAAAAAAUGUUUAAAACCUUACAUAAAAUUCAGAAGUCUCGAAAGAGAUCUUCUACUUCACCUGAUACUUAUUCCCGACAUAAGCGAAAAACUAAACGUGAAAGUACUUCAUCCUCAUCCAGUUCUUCCUCAGAUGUUGAAGAAGAUUAUGUAAAAAAAUCUAAAAAACAUAAGUUAAAAAAACUAAAAAAAAGUAGCAGUAAAAAGAAAUCGAAAUCAAAAAAUAGUUCACGUAGCCGUUCUCGUUCUUCGCACCGCCAUCGGAGCAAAAGUGAACGUCGUUCACGCUCCACACAUCGACAUGCGAGUUCUCGUAACUCACGUAGUGAUUCAACUUCUUCAGAUCGUAGUAAUGUAAGUUAUCGUUACGGUUAUGAUGACAAAACUUCCCAUAAGUCUAGCAAAAGAAAAGAAUCAAAAAGAAGGCAUGAACGUUAAUACAAUUUGUUAUGGUGUUUUGGUUUUUUCUUAGCUUUGUUCCAAAUAUGUAUAUGCUUUUUUAACAUUGUUUAUACUCGUAAUAAGAAAGGUAAAAUAAAAAUAUUUAUAUAAA